CGGAAUACUAUGGAUAAGAACUAUAAAGAAGAGUUUACACAAAUUAUUAAAUUUGAACCUCCUUUGUACAAACAACGCUACCAGUUUGUUAAAGAUUUGGUGGAGAAAUACAAACCUAAGAAGGUGGCAGAUUUAGGCUGUGCUGAUUGCAGCCUUCUCUGGAUGCUGAAAUUCUGCAGCUGCAUUGAAGUGUUAGCUGGGCUAGAUAUCUGUGCAAAUGUAAUGAAAGAGAAAAUGCAUACGUUGUCUCCUCUUCCUGUUGAUUAUUUGCAGCCAUCUGAAAGAUCCCUAACUGUUACCUUGCAUCAUGGUUCAGUUGCCCACAAAGAUCCUUGCAUGCUUGGUUUUGACUUGGUGACCUGCAUUGAACUAAUAGAACACCUGGAAGAAUCAGAGCUGAGGAAGUUUCCUGAAGUGGUGUUUGGUUUCAUGGCUCCAAGCAUAGUUGUGAUCAGCACUCCAAAUUCUGAAUUUAACUCUUUGCUUUCAAGAGUGAUGUUAUACAGGCAUCCAGACCACAAAUUCGAGUGGAGCCAAGCACAGUUUCAAAGCUGGGCUCUAGAGACUGCUAGAUGCUAUGAUUACUCAGUGGAAUUUACUGGUGUCGGGCACCCACCAACAGGAAUGGAGAAGGUUGGGUUUUGUACCCAAAUAGGUGUGUUUUUUAGAAAAUAUCCUCAAACUGCUGAAUCUGUUCAGUCUGAGAAACCCAUGGAAGCAGUUUACAAAACAGUCUUCAAAGCAGUGUACCCAAGUCUUAAAGAUGAGAAGUACUUGCAGAAUGCAGUGAUCAGUGAAGUUAUUUUCACAGCCCAAAUCAUUAAGCACCGUUUAAUGUCAAAACGUGAGGAGUAUGGUGAUGAUCCUGAGAGAAAAUCCAAAUUCCGACCUUCAAUGGACUGCUUUUCUGACUAUCUUGGAAAACUGGUUGUUGAAAAAAACAUGGAACCAUUUGUCAGUGGAAAUGAGGUUUACAUACCUCUCAAAACAAUCUUUUCUUUUCCCAAAGUGAAUCGACUUUGUGGUACCUUUGAGAAGUUAUGCAAGCUUAUUGCGGGCAAGGUCACACUGAGCAGUGAUGGUUCUGCUGUGAUGUUCAAUACUGAACAGGAAAAUGAAGAGAAUUAGAUCAGAUUUCUCACACAAAGUUCAGUUGAAGUAAUGAAAGUGCUUUUUUUAGAAGCUGUCAAAUGGUAUGUUCUGCUAACUAGACCACCAAAUCUUUUCUAACCUUCCAUCAGUGGUAUUUAUCUGUCAGCACCUUUGAUUGAGUGAAGGUGAGUGCUUCUGACAAAGGUAACAGUAACUCAUAGGGGUUUCAAGUAGAGUAUCAGGGGCUAAAAGCAAAUAAUUCAUUCCCAAGAAGAAAGUCAAGUAUUUCUGUUUGCUUUCUAUUGCUUUAUUGUAGCUGUUGUUACUAGAUUAUUUCUGCUAGUCUCUUGUUAGCUUCAAAGAUAGUUUGUUGUACCAUCUACUGUGUUGUGCUGAAUAAUGUGAGUCAGACAUAAGUUUAGGGCACGUUUUUUUCUUAAUUUUUAUAAAAUUUAUAGAUGCCUUUUUCAAGAUGAAAACUCCGCCUCGAUGAAAACGAAAUGUUGUUCCAGCUGAAUUGAAAUAUGAAACUGGCACAUUUGUUCUGUUUUUGAAACAAAAA